AUGGCUUGGAAUUCGAACGAUUCGUGUACAAUGUAUAACUUUAAUAGCAUGAGCCCAGUGGUUAAAGGAAGUUCCAAAAAUGGAUCAGUAGUAGCAUUCAAAGUUACGAGUCCUGAAAAUCAAUGUCCAGUUGGGCUCAAUCCACCGACAUUUGAUAAUCAGAAUGCUACGGGGCGCCUUUAUGUGAACAACUACCCUCCAAGUUUUCCAUAUUACGUAAAUUACACAAUGUAUUUCGAUAACGGCAUAUGGAAAAUGUCCUACAUCCAUAAAGGACAAGAGUUGCGAAAAUUGACUAAAUCAAAAGACAUAUAUGCUAGAAUUGAUGGAGUGCGUUACACGACAUGUAGAUCGAAUCCAAAAACUGCUGACUGCAGAUCUCCAAAGGGAUUCAAAUUCACGGGCCGAACGAUUUCAAACUUCAAUAACUACAAAUGGGUUAGUAACUCUUCUGCUAUGGCAACAAAAAACGAUAACUGUCUGGUGAUGGUAUUCAAGGGAACCGGCUCAGUUAAAAUAGAUGUCCGAGGGUGCCCAUAUGAUACAGCUCCACUGAAAACGCAGCUUGUAUUCUGCUCAAGGAGGGCAUGGUCGUUCCCCGAUCUUCACUUCAACUAA